GAACGCAGCAGCCCAUUGGCUGGGACAGAGGCGCGUGCACCAGAGCAAAGCGCGUGGAGCGAUGAACUGUUGGAAAUGUGAUGGAGGUUAUGGACAGAGUGAACAGCGCGCCAAAUAUCUCUGAAGUGGUUGACCCAGAUCUGACAUGGCAGAGUUUCAGCCCAGUUCACCUGAGAAAUGCAGGGUCUACUGCAGCUGUCACACAUUCAUCUGUCACAGAGGAGUCUGAGACCAGUGGGAUCGUCCCAGCUCUAGUUGCUGCAGCUUUGUUCAUUACCCUUUUACUCGCUCUGUAUGCAGUUUUGUGGAAGUGUAUGGACUCAAAAGUACCUCAAAGAAAGAAGAGUAAAAGGAGAGUGAGCAUGCGGCGGAUGGACACAGUAUAAAACCUCGAUACAAUGUGCUACGGGUCACACGGUCAUUUUGAAUCUUCAUGGAGACAAGUUUGCAAGUAUUUGGAUUGUAUUGUCUGCUGAAGAAACCAAAGGAAACCCAACAAAUAUUUUUAACCCUCCUGUUCCUGUGGACUCUGCUCUCAGUGACUGUCAGAUCAAUACAUCCUUAUACGGUGCAUUUAAUCUUCAAUAUACCGGUAAUUCCUAAUAUAUUUUCACUGGACUAUUUCAAGACAUAUUUUCCCUAAAUGUGGCUUAGGUUCGCUUAAACUGCUGUAGAGCACAACAGUGUUGAUUGUAUAUUUACCCUAAUCAGAAGCACGAGCACUUCUACCCUCUGCAUGUGAAAAUGUUGUAAGAAAUUGUAUUAUAUUUUUAUUUUAUUUUUAAAAUCUUUUAUACUUUAAUGAGUUUCUUUGUUCUUAUGGCCGCUAUUUUGAUUUUUUGUACCGUAUGAUUGUAAAUACUCCCAUUAAAUUAUCAGCUUUCCAGUCUGAGGUGAAUCUUUUCAAAGUUUUUAUCUUGCAGCUGAUUUUUUUGACAUGUUCUGUAGAUUAAGGAUAAAAGCCUGAGGUUACAAAUAGGGAAUGUGGUUUGAUUUGAAGAAAUGUCCUGUCUGCAAUUCCGUUUAACACGAUGAAUAUCCUGGAACUAAUUAAAAACCGGAAAAUCAGGUUCAGACUUGUCACUUUUCUCAUCUGUAACAAAUCUCCACUGAA